AUGCUGGGACUGAUGGGGGGCGGACUCCUCUGCGCCGCCUCAGGGCUGGUCCUCCUCAUCGUGGCCACCGCCACCGACUUCUGGAUCCAGUACCGCUACUCGGGGAGCCUCUGCAACCAGGGCCUGUGGCGCUUCUGCGUGGGGAGCAAGUGCCACCCGCACACCAUCACCCUCGCCUUCUGGGACACGACGCGGGCCUUCAUGAUCCUCUCGGUCAUCUGCUCCUUCGCUGGGAUCAUCUUGGGCCUGACCGCUUACUCCGGCGCCGUCCGUUCAAUCCGCACCCGUUCGGCGGGCGUCGCACUCCUCUUGGCCGGUCUGUUUGCUUUGCUGGGGAUUUCGGUGUACACCGGCGUGACGGUCAACUUCUACGCCAAGCGCUACGCCCAGUGGCGCUUCUCCUGGUCCUACAUCCUGGGCUGGAUCGCGGUCAUCCUCACCAUCUCUGCAGGAAUCUUCCACAUUUGUGCCGUGCCCCGGAACACGUCCCCCGAGACCUCCAAUGUGGCCAGUGGCUGA